AUGGAUACAACUUCUGUUUGGCAACAUUAUAACAAAACUAAGGAUGGGGGUGUGUGUAAACUUUGUUCCAGACAAAUUAAAGCUGCUGGAGGAAGCACUAGUGGUUUACGCAGUCAUUUAAAGAGUCAGCAUGAAAUAAACUUGUUAAAAAGAGGAAAAUCUAUACCUUCAUCUGAAAUUUCUGGAAAACGCGACAGCCAGCCUUACAAAGAAAUAUCUACAAUUACGUCGUAUUUUAAACAGAUUGUAGAUGAUUCAUUUCCAGCAGUAAUUGCACGUUUGACUGCACUGGACGGUUUGCCAUUUAAUAAGUUUUGCACUUCAGAAGAUUUAAGAAAAUUAUUAAAAGUAAAAGGUUAUAGAGAUAUACCGAAAUCACCAAAUACCAUAAGAAAAAUUGUUUUGGAAUAUUCUAAUAAAAUGCUUCAAGAAGCAAUAAACGAGUUGAAAGAGAAUAAACUUCGGGGAGAAGUGUUUAGUUUGACUUUCGAUGAAUGGACAUCGGUAAAAAACCAUCGCUUCAUGAACAUAAACGUCCAUACAAAGGAUGCCUUUUGGAACUUAGGAUUAGCUCGGGUUCAUGGAUCCAUGCCAGCGGAAAAAUGCGUGGAGAUUUUGAACAAAAAGCUUAGUGAGUUUCAACUUGGUUUUACAAACAUUGUAUCAAUUACUACAGACGGUGUUUCAGUAAUGAAAAAAGUGGGAAAAUUGUUAGAUCCACACCACCAAUUAUGUAUAGCACAUGGCAUACAAUUAGCCGUAAUUAAAGUAUUAUACAACAAUAAAACUGAUUUACACGAAGCUAAUAAAUUACGUGACGAAAAUAUCGAUGAAGAUAGUGAGUCCGACACAGGUAAUGAAUCUGAUUCCGAAUAUUCCGAUAAUGAGGAAAAUGAAAUUUUCCACGAUGAUUUUGAAAUUGAAUACGAAGCUGGUGGAACCAUCGAUCAAGCUCUGCCAGUGCCAACUUUCUUAUCAAAUAUUGAAUUAAAUGGUUUAAUUACAAAAAUUCGAAAAGUCGUUAAAAUUUUUCGCAAAUCACCGACUAAAAAUGAUAAGAUUCUACAAAAACAUGUAAAAGAAGAAUUUAAUAAGGAAUAUUCUUUAAUACUCGACUGCAAAACAAGAUGGAACAGUUUGUUAGCAAUGCUGGAAAGAUUUGAAAUGUUAAGAAAUUGCAUCAGAAAGAGCUUAAUAGACAUUAAAUCAGAAAUAAACUUCACAGAAGAUGAACUUGAGUUACUAUCUAGUACAAUUUUAGCAUUGCAACCGGUAAAAGCUGCAGUAGAGCAAUUAUGUUGCGAAGAUGCAAAUCUUUUUAUAGCUGAUAUUACCUUAAAAUUCAUGAUUGAUGAGCUUACAAGUCAAAACACAGUUUUAAGUAUUGAACUGAAAGAAGCAUUGUUAGAUCGUAUAAAAGAGAGACGGACCAUUUAUUCUGAUGUUCUUCAGUACCUGCAUAAUCCGUUUCCUGAGGAAUCCAGGGGUGAAGAUUAUGGAGUAUUUAAUAAAACCAGCGAAUCUUCAAUAAGAAAUGCAAUAGUGGAAGUAAUUGGGCGGAUUCCAAAACAAAACCUAGAAGAGUCAUCAGAAAAUACAAAUAGCAUUGACCUCGAUGAUUCCUCUGAUUCUGAUAUUUCUGAUGAGGAUAACAUCCCCCUCAGUCGGGUUUUGGGCCCAUCAACAUCAAAAUCGGUUAAUGCUGCAUUGUCGAUUAAAGAGAAACUUCAACUAGCGAUAAGAAAAAAAAUUGAUAUAAACAGUACUCUUUCAAUUAGAAGACAGCAGAAGCCUAACAGUGUUCAUCAAUGUGUGAAAACAGAAAUGCAAUAUUUUCGGAAGGAAGGAAUUCAGGGGAAAUACCUAAAAAUGGCUUUCGCAGCACUCAUGACAACUCGGCCUACUAGUGUGGAGUCCGAAAGAGCCUUUUCUGCGGCAGGAACAAUUUGUACUAAGAUUAGGUCGCGGCUAAGUGAUAAUAGUAUUGAUAAGCUGUGUUUUCUCAGGGCCUUUUUUAUUAAACAAAAAAAAUCGAAACAGUCGUUGGAGAAGUAA